AUGCCAUCUGCAAAGCAGGCUUCUCCUCAACCUGCUCAGGAAGAAGUCCAGCAGCCGACCUUAUGGCAGAAGAGUCUUAGUUGGAUUCCUGGUACUCGACAGUUCAGAACACGAGCCAAACUUCUCUCCGAUUCACGCGUACCUCUCCUUUACUUCGUCUCCGGCCUAGUCCUCGUUGGCGUUCUGCUCAUUCAGUUUCUCACGUCAAGUGACGUCCAGCCGCGCCUUUGGGCUCCUGCUCCCUCUCCCGCGUCUUCACCUGCUCCUGCUCCUCCAUAUCCGACCCGAGAUCCUCUGAGUCCGUUUGGUGACAGUGUCUACCGUCAAGAGGCGUACUUUGACUUGUUGGAACCGGGCACUCAGUGCAGACCAAAGUCUCCUUUCACUUCAGAUCUUCCCGUUACACACGCGUUGACCAAUAUGGCGCUGGAGGCAGAGGCCAAGCGCCUGGUUGCACAAUUUGAGUACACCGCCGAGGAUGUGAACAAAGGUGUGAAGGAGUUCAUUAGGGAGAUGGAAGAGGGCCUGGAAAAGCAGGGGACCUCAAUCAGUCAAAUCCCAACUUACGUCACAUCUGUUCCCAAUGGCACUGAAAAGUCCUUCUCAUUGCAACAAUCCAAAGUCGCCGUUCCGCGGGCUCUGAUGGAAGCGAAGACGGCCCAUGAAUUAUUCUCUUUCCUCGCCAAGCAGAUCGAGUCCUUCCUGAAGACACACCACAUGGACCACUUUGAGUCACACCGGAAGAAACCUGGCGAGGUCGAGUUUUUUGAUCUAGGUUUCACUUUCAGCUUUCCUGUCAAUCAAGUGGGCAUCAACAAGGGUAAAUUGAUGCGGUGGACAAAAGGUUUCAACAUCGAGGAAGCUAUAGGACAAGAUGUUUGUGACCUGCUGCAGAAAGAAAUCGACGCAUUGAAUCUCCCGGUGCGAGUGGCCGCUCUCGUGAACGACACCGUCGGCACUCUGAUGGCCAGGUCGUACACUUCUCCGGGCAAGACAAGUACAUUGAUCGGUGCUAUCUUCGGUACCGGGACAAAUGGCGCCUAUGUUGAGAAAUUGGACAGGGUCAAGAAGAUGAAGGCAAUAGACGAAGCAGAGGGCGGUGUUGCGAAUUAUGACUCGUCUACUGGGCUGAUGGUCAUCAACACCGAAUGGGGUAGUUUCGACAAUGCCUUGUCAGUCCUGCCUAAUACUCCAUACGACGUUGACCUGGAUCGCGAGUCGGUAAACCCCGGCAUUCAAAUGUUUGAGAAGCGCGUGUCAGGGAUGUUUCUCGGAGAAAUCCUGCGGCGAGCUCUGCUAAGUCUCUACCAGCAUCCUGAUGCGGGAGUGGCCUUGUUCAAAGAUGUGACCUCACACGACAAUGAUAUUAGGAGUACAACCACAGUGGCUGAGGACAGUCCCCUAUUUAAGAUAUGGGGUAUCGAUACCUCGUUCCUGUCCAUUGUUGAGGAAGACCAAUCGGACCAUCUGCGUAUCACCAAGCAGACACUCGAAAAGGAGUUGAAGGUAGAGGCUGCUUCAACCGAAGACUGUAUUGCGGUCAAGAUGCUCGUGCACGCGAUCGGGAAACGUGCAGCGAGAUUAAGCGCUGUCGCCCUGGCUGGAGUCAUCAUUUCCACGAACAAGCUACAAGAAGACGAGAUAGUUGAUGUGGGUGUCGAUGGGAGCUUGGUAGAGUAUUAUCCAGGCUUCGAGGAAUACAUUCGCGAGGCAUUCAGGGAGAUUGAAGGUAUUGGAGAGGAUGAGAAGCGCAUCAGGAUCGGGCUUGCGAAGGAUGGCAGCGGCUUAGGCGCAGCACUGAUUGCGCUGGUGGCUCAUAAUGCCGACCAGCCCUUGUAG